CACAGCCUCCAAACAAAGUUUAGCAGAGACUUGCAGUGGCGCAUUAGGCGAACGUUAAACGUUCACAGUGUGGGAGGCUGUGAGACCUGCAGCGGUGUGAGAUGUAUAAACUGGACUUGCCGGUGGACUCCCGCGCGCUACAGGCCGUGGAGCGGCGACGAGCUGCUGAGUCCGCGCGCCACAAACGUAUCUUUAGCACGAGGGAGAGGGUACUUGGUGUGGACGCGCGCGCGCUCGAGCGGCAGGUGGCGGAGCGGCAGCAGCGGGAGGAGGCGGAGAAGCAGCGGGACCGAGCGCACGAUAUGCUGCGUGUUUCUAUUGACCGAAUGGCGCUGGAGCAGCAAAGAGAAGAGGAGCACAGGAGGAGAGAGCUGGCCCAGGAGCUCCUGAGCUAUCGGGCGCUGCACCAGCGUGCUGAGGACUCUCGGGAUGCAGAUAUCAAUUAUAAACGCCAGAGGGCGCCAGAAGACAAUUUAUCCACCGCACAGUCAUGUGGACCUGCCAGUAUGCAGCUUUUUCAGGGUGAAGGAGUUGGAGAGGAUGAACGGAAGAGGGCUGAGAUGGAGCUGAACGAGAGAACGCUCCGAGCUCAAAGAGAAGAGCGGGAGAGGCAAGAAAACAAGCAGAAACACCAAGAGCUGUUGAGAGGAAAGGAGCUGCUGCAGCAGGACCUGAGAGCAAUCCAGCUGGAUGCACUGGAGGAGGAAUGCAGACGAGCUGUAUGCAUUGCCCUCAAAAGCUACAACCAGGCUCAGGCAGAUGAGAGACAGGAGAGAGAGAGGCAGGAGAAGCUGAGGCGGGAGGGUGAGGAGAUGGCGGAGGUGUGGCACAUGGUGACCUCUGACCUGUUGACCGAAUGUCCAGAGGCUGCUGAGAGAGAGGGUGAGGGGUCAGCAGUGACCCGUCGAGUGCUGCCGGACCGCUGGAAGGGGAUGAGCCCCGAGCAGCUCAGCGCCAUCUACAGACAGAGAGAGGAACAGCGUGCUGAAAGAGAGAAUCAGAGGCAGCUGGAGAGGCAGAAGGAGGUGGCGUGGAGUUUGCAGCAGCUGAAGCAGGCCAGGAAGCAGGUGGAGGAAGAGGGAAGAAUGAGAGAGCUGGAGAAAGAGAGGAGAGUACAGCUGGACAAAUACAACCAGCAGCUGGCCCAAGAGCAGCGGAUACACCAGCAGUACCUCAACAACCAGCUUUACACAAACCAGCCCUCCGCCCGCUACUUCACCCAGUUUGGCACAAGUUCUCGCUAGAAGCCUACAGAACGUCUCCAUCCUCUCCUCUGCAGCCAGUAAAUUCUGGAUGAUUGAAUUUUAAAUCAUUGAGUUUGUACACUCUUUUAUAAUUAAAGAAUUACAUCUUUAAGAUUCACUAGGAAACUGCUGAACUAGUAAAACAGUCAUAAUAGUAGAAUGAUCUUGUAUGACCUCAUAACACUUCACAGACCAUUUGAACCACAACUCUGCAGUAGACGUAGAUUGUUCCAUGGAAUUUUAUUUUUGAAGCAUUUACAUACAGAGUCAUGAUUCACAUACAGUGUCAUUGUCCAGUUCAACCCCACUUGUACAAUCCCACCCCUAUCAGUCCCUCAUUCACUUCCCACUGUACCAGUGCUCCAUUCACACCCAUGGCAGAGAUAAACACAAUGAAUAAGGGACAUCAUGACAGUCAAAUACAAACCCACAAGUGCACUCAUCCACCCAUUCCUUUCUUUCUUAUCCACUACAUUUUCUUUCUGUUAUCCUGGUUUUUAUUAAUCUGAUUUCAUUCAUUUCUGCAACUUUUGAUUUGAUUCUAUGUCACAAAUAGGGAACACAUGACAUAAGAGUCUUCCAGGUGUUGUCUAAGCCUGGACAAAUCGAAAACCAAAUCUACAGUAGCUUAAACCAGUUUAAUGUUUGACAUUAUUUGAAAGUACUGUAGGUUAUUUUAAAUUAGAGGAAAACAGUAAAAUGUGUGACAGGAUGAUAUAUUGAAUUGACCUCUUCACGCUCUGCCCACAAAUACUUUUUUUUGCACCAACUACUGUGAGGCCUUAAAGAACCUUUACAGACAUUAAAAUAGACUAGAAAUAGCGAUCGCUGUUUAGACUCAAUACUUUCUAGUUUAAAAUGCGACCUAUCCAGUUAGGAAAUGUCAGCUUGCUAGAAUGUUGACAUUAGCUAGAUUACACAACAAAAAUACAACAAUUAGUAACACCUAUCUGUCACUUUAUCUAUUUAUUUAUUUUGGUAACGUAGGGCUCGGCGUUCACAUUUUUUGAGAAGCCGUCACGUGUACUGAUACAAAGUGUUUCUUUGGGAAGUAAACUGAGUAUUUACCUUUUUUACAGUCAAUAACAGAUACAAUAACAGAUCAUUAUGGAGCUAUUUCACUACACUAAACACUAUGCAGCAGUACAUUUGCUAGUAAAGCAACAUCUUCCAAAUACUUUCCAAUACUUUUUGAUGUCCACAUGUUCUGGACUCCACUGUAGGAGUCACAAACCCCUUUUUACGUGUAUGAAUACAUUUAAUAGUAUCUGUAUCAAGAUAUUAGCCUUGGUAUUGUUUACAAGGCCUGACGAAUCAAAAACAAAAUCAGGACGCACCCAGCACUACUGCCAGAGCUCGGCCAACCUCACAACAGUAGCGACCAAAGCACAUAUUUGUGGGCGGAGCAUGAAAAAUACAAUUUGGCUAAGAUUCACCUCGCAUCCUGAGUAAAAUCUGCCCUUACUCUCCUCUGUGUGACCAGCAAACAGCAGUAUAGUGAAUAUCUGUAAGUUGUCUCUACUUCUCUCUAAGGCCAACGCAUGCUCGGACAUUAACAGAACACAGAUGUCUAGCAGCAGCUCGGUUGAAUAUUGACAUAAUUCGCUUCACUUAUU